UGUUUCGUUCCACUUAAAACAAUAUAUCAUUCCCCAAAAUGUCCUUAAAGCUUGCUGUCAUUCUUGCAUCCUUGGCCUGUGCCAGCGCUGGUUAUUUGGAGCCAGCCACACCUUAUGCUGCUGCUCCUCUGGUAGCUCCAGCGCUGUCCUAUGGACACGGACAUUUAAAUUCGGCUCGUCGCUUGGGCCAAAUAGCUGUUCCGGCUGUGUCCUACAACAACUAUGAAUAUCCUGCAUACGCCGCUCCGUGGGCCACAAUGGCUGUUGCCAUCGUCCAGCCAAAUCUGAAAUAUGCACCGGCCGUAUCGUAUUCCAACGACUAUGCUCCCGCUCUUGGCUAUAAUAAACUCGGAUAUUCCUCGUAUGCCGCCCCACUUGAUGCUAAGAAGGUUGUUAUUGCGGAGCCAACUCCUAUCGCUUCUGAUGCUCCAUUGCUGGCUGGCCGUCCAGCUCUCAGCUAUGCUCCUGCUCUGUCCUACAGCAACCUCGGACAUACAUCGUAUGCCGCUCCAUUGGCUGCCAAAACCAUCGCUGUGGCUCCCGGUUCCCCAUUACUGGCUUCCCAUUCGGCCCUGGCCUAUGCUCCAAUCUCUGGUUACGCAGGAUCUUUCGCCCACCACAAGAACCCUUUGAUUAAUUAUGCUUACUAA